GUCUCUGCGGCGCUGGGCGUGCUGGUGGCUCCCGGCGCGCGCCCAGGCAUGGGCUCCAAGGCCAAGAAGCGCGUGGUGCUGCCCACCCGCCCCGCGCCCCCCACGGUGGAGCAAAUCCUGGAGGAUGUGCGGCGGGCGCCGACCGGGGACCCAGUCUUCACCGCCCUGGCCGCGGAAGACCCCCCAGGCCCCUCCAGGAGGGUGGAAGACGCCAAGGCCCAGUGGGAGCAGCUCUACCAGCAGAGCCGGACCUAUGUGGCCACCAACCAGCGGCUGCAGCAGGCAGGCAACGGGCUUAGGCAGAAGUGUGAGUGCCUGCGGCAAGCCGGCGAGGACCUGGCGCGGGAGGUGGACCAGGUGAAGCAGGCGGCCCUGCUGGAGGCUGCGGCUGUCUCCUCGGGCUGACCUCAGGGCUGCCCGCCCGGGGACCUGAUCGCCUGUCAGGUCCAGGCCGGCACUUCAUGUGGGUCCUCGGCACCUGCGAAUGAGCUGGCCCAGGCUGGCCUCCGUCACGCUGACUGCCCAGCUGGCUCCGUCUGUCCUUGUGCCCUGCCUGAUGGGAGGACGCCCGCUCUGCUGCAAUUCCGUCCCCUCUUCCACCCAUGGUUGCCAUAGCCCUGGCAUGAGAUGGGGCCGCUGGGAGCAGAUGCCACCUCCUUCCUUCCCGGGGCAGGCACUUUGUCCACCUCUGAGUCCUGUGCCAGGCCCGCAGUUCGGGUGCGGCUCCGACUUGUUCUGUGGUCCAGUCAAACGGGUGCCCACCCGGCGUCAGGGCCGCCUGAGAGCCGGCGCCAGCCUCUGGUCCCACUUCCCUCCACUUUCGGGGCUCCUCCUACACCCAUCUUCACAACAACCCUGGGCUGCCAGGGUCACCGUUCAUGCUGCCCCCAAGAGAAGACGCCCGAGGCCCCUGCCAGGCUCCGUGUCCACCGUUGGCUGACAGGAGAGCUCAUCAGUCACUGCCCGGAGCUAGCUGGGGUCGUCCGGGUCUCACGCUGCCGCCUACCUGGGCAGGUGGGGAUUGGGGUGGCAGAGGACCUUAAAAAGGGCCUUUCAUGGUAAAAGUCACAUCAAGCAGGAACUAAGCAGCCUGGGGUCUGGGGGAGGUGGUCCAGAGGCCAGACCCCCAAGUGGCCCCCAGGCCCUGCAGAUAAAAUCCACCGUGUCUGAUGGGCCUUUUGAAUGGCCCCUCUCCGGCCACUCCUAGGGCCCUGGGAGGGAUGCCCGUGGCUGACAGGCAGGACCCCUGAAGCCACCUCACACUUUGUUUCUGGAACCUCUCAGACCCGCUUUGUUUCUGGAACCUAAAAGAUGUUUCUCUCUCCCCAUACAAGGGGUACCUGCAGAAGCUUCAGAGACCCUCUAAACCAGAAACUGGGGCUCAGGGGGCCCAGCCUGAACCUCUGGGGGCUUCUCAUUGGUCACUCACCCCAAAGCUUUGCUAACCUGUCUGGGGACAGAAACCCCGGGUUGCCGGGUAAGGCCCCUGUCACCCCUCACCCACUUUGCUGCUUGCAGAGCCGGGCCAGGGCUGAGCUCCCCGGAAGUGGCUGUGCUGUGGGGGCCGCCCAGCCCCUGCCCAGCCAUUGCCCAUGGUUCUGGUAGCAGGCGCUGUGUCGCCCCCGGCCCAUCCGUGCCCAGCUCCAAGGGGCCUGCAGUUGCCCGCCUGCCUGCGGCCAGCACUGAGCCCAGGUACAGACACCCAGGUGUGGCUGCCUGGCUCUGGGGUGCUGUCCAUCCUUAGGAGCUCCCCCAGGGGCAAGCAGAGACCCUGCCAGCCUCACCCAGUCCCUUCCUGUCCCCAAAUAAUUACCAUGCCCUGGUCCUGCCUGUGGGGCCUGGCCGGAGGCGUCUGUCCAGCAAAGCGUUGCCGCUUUGUUCCUGGUAGGAGCAAAGCUCCACACCCAGCGCGUGGACCCAAACGGGAAGUCCUCCCCCACCCUUGCCCGGUCGUCAGCCCGCUGGGGAACAGGAGCCACAGGCAGCGCAGGGUGAUCGAACAGCUCCGUUUAUUAAAGGUGCACGGGA